AUGACACCAUGCAUUUUUGAGAAAUUGAAUCCUGUCGUUAUGUCAAAUGAUAUUCAUGAGAUUAUUCACGAAUCAUGGAUUGAUGAAGGGAUACCAACAAUUUUAAUUGGUCCUAGUGUUCAAAUAGAUAACAGUCGUACAAUGUUUCUGCCUGCAUUGCCAACAUACCUUUUGUCUACAAAUAAACUUCAAGAAGUUCUUCGAAAAGUCAAAUCAUCAUCAUGGUGGAAUAUUGAUUCUCGUUUCUUGAUCGUUGAUAUUUUUAAAAACUGUGACAAUGCUUGGAACAUACUUCAAAUUAUGUGGAAGAUGAAUUUACUUUCUUCUUUACUCAUAUGCCAAGAUGUUGAUGAUUCAAUUGCAUUGUAUACUUACAAUCCUUAUGCAAAUUAUGCACCGUAUCCAUGGCAGCAUGUAAAUACUACAUUUAAUGAACGAAAUCAGCAAUGGACGUUGUUCAAGCGACAUGACUUUGAAGGUCAAUACGGCUGCAGUAAUUUGUUUUUUGAUAAAACAAAACAUUUAAACGGUUCUGAAGUUAUUGUUGAAGCAAUGGUAAGCCCACAAGUAUCAAUAGAAGUUGGAAAAGCCUACAACAUCAAUUCAAUAGAGGAGAAAAUGCCAUUUUUUAUCUCUGCAAGUUUUAAAGAAGUCUUUUCUGCUCUUAAUCUAAUGCCUACGAUUUACUAUAUUGAUGUGACUAAAGCAAAAAAUAUAAAAAACCAAUCCAAAGGUGGAUUUUUACAAAAUUUAGCCGGUGGUACUUGUGAUAUCGGCUUAAAUUUUUUAUCUGUCACAGAUGAUCAUGAUACUUUAGACUUACUUUACCCACGACGCACGAUAAAUUUUAUAAUUUUGACACGUCACAAUAAAAUUAUCUCAUCUGUAGACGACCUCGGGUUUGUUUUUAGUUUUGGAACAAUUAUUCUUGCUGCUGCAAUUUUCAUAAUAACAUUCAUUGUACUGCUAAUCUGUAAAAGGCUACAGUUUGGAUCAGCAUUGCUUGAAAUUUUGAGCUUAUUGUUGAGCAUGAGUAUGAAUUGUAAGUUUUAUAGGCUUUCGUUACGAAUUUUUGUGACAUCUGUACUUAUUUUCGUUAUAUUCAUGAAUGCUAUUUAUCAAAGUAAAAUGUCAGCUUAUUCAACUCGAUUAAAUCGAGAUGCUGUUAAUAGUAUUAAUGAUUUGUUCGAUCUGAAAUAUUCAAUUUACAUGAUACGUUACGCCGGAAAAAUUGUUGGCGUUAGUGAUUGGGACGAUAAACAGAAAAAAUACGUUCAGUUCACAGAUUAUCUGUGUUUUAACCACGUUAUUCAAAGUAAUAAUUCUCAUACAGCAUGUCUUGGACCCGACAGAGGCCAUUUAUCCAUUGCUUUCAAAUAUAACUUACAUGCGACUUUAGUUAAUAUUCAUCAAUUCGAAACUCCGUUUGUUCGUAAUGAUUGGCCUCUUAAAUCUCGA